UUGGGCACACUGGCGUUGGCUUCAGAAGAAGAGAAAAUUUCUUUGCUGAACGACGUCCGGAUCGGUACGCGUCCGAUUAGUAGCAACUGUGACAGUUCUGGAAGAUCACUUGUCCUACUUCCAUUUCGGUAGGCCUCACAUACGGUUCGGGAUCAAUGUGGCACGGUGGGUCUCGUCCCCAGGCUGGUGGUCGGCUAAGUGUUGUUGUUAGUUAAGAAGCCGAAUCUGGCAGCAAAUAUUCUGUCGAAGUGGAACCAACUGUGAAUGUGGUGCAAGCAAAAUGGGUUACGUACGCAUUUUGCAGAAGCUUUCCUAAAAAAAAGUUUGCAUUUUCCGGAUAGUUACGUAGUGCUCUAUUCUUUACUUGAAGGGCGAUUUGAAAAAUUGCGUCAUAAGAUACCAAUUUUUCGUUUGGUUUCUUCAGAUGCGAUGAAUCGGGUCGAGAACUUCAAAAAUUCUCUCUAUCUCAUACAGUGAAACCCUCACGUUUUGGCAGGAAGAAACGUUCAAAAUAAAAACAAGACCGGGCAAGCAUUCCUGCCAAGAGAGAGCUCAAACGCUGAAAAAGUGAAGUUGUGUGUCCGCAAAGGAAACGAGCAGGGAAUAUUUGAAACCAAAAGAAAACACUGCAAGCAACGAAAGUCGAUCGAUAAAAUAGAAGAAAUAGAUAGGAAACGCAACCAGACACGCAGAACCUCUCGAAAGAAAUAUACAAGAGCACAAAAGUGAGAUAUUUCAUUGAAAACAAAAAAAAGAAGCCGCGCUUAAGAUUCAAAUUUCAAAUCAUCCAAAUUGGCUCAAGUGCUGAAAAUUUUCAAAUUGGCCGCUUAUUGCAAAACGCAUGAGAUCUUCGUCGCAGCUUAUAGCCCGUGAAGAGACCAAGCAUCUUCCCGUUGAGUACAUUUCCAGCUAGAAUUUAACCCGUAUAACAACAGUCUCUUCAAAGGACACGAUAAAUAAUAAAAAUCAGUUAUCUAAUUUAAACCCUCGUUAUUUAUUAUUGCUUCCGACGUUGUUCCGUGUGCGUUCGCUGAUGAUUGUGACGGUGUCGUUGUGCCCGCUUGGUGUGCUCUUCUGAUGCUGAAUCGAUUGAAGUGCAAAGCUUAAAGUUUAACAACAACGACAACGAAGACGGAAGUGACAACGAAUUUACGGCGGAUCAAUUGAUUGCAGCGAAAUCGGUGCUGCUUCAGCGGCGUUCAAUCCGUCGGAAUCUUCCAACCGCAGAGCUCGAGAAUUACUGCCCGCAGGAGGGUACGGACCAGUCCGUUACCGUUGGCCAGCUGCUAGGUGACUGUGUGAACAAAAUUAUUAUCACAGUGACUGCAAUUCUUAUCGGACUAUUUAUUGAGCUACGAUUUCAUGACGCCUGGUCUCUAUACGUGUGGUGUUGAGUUUCGACAAUAAGAAACUGCAUCGUUUCCAUGAGCGCGGCAGGCGAUCCGUCGACACCCGGUGGAGGACCUGACAGACCGUGUGGAAUUACGCCGCUGCUACCGAUCGGCAUGUCUUGCCGGGGUCGCGCUGAAGCAUUCGCUCGUAGCCUUCAAUCCCGCCUAUGGACUCUCGGUGCACAGGGAAAUGCCAAUGAGGAAGUCAACCAACUUGCCACAGACCAAACCAGUGAAAACACAUGGCUAACGCAGGAGGAGACGGCGGUAACCAGAUUGCAGCCCCUUCGAAUGGUCACGAAUGAAGCCGACUCAUUUUUCGAUUUUGGAUUGGGUGAAAUCGAAAGUCCCGGCUCACCGGUGGACGAGUGUGAGUACACGCGGCUGAUCGAGACAACAUCGGUAACUCCGGCAGAAGCUAUCGCACCUGAAUCCGGCUACGUGUGUUCCUCACCCUGCUCUACAACGCCCCAAGUAACCAGCCACGAAAAUAGUCCCUCCAGUCAGGCCUCGUCCGACUGCCAGUUUUACGAUCCGGAACUAUCCGAUUCCGAGCUGGUGAAAGCAGGCAGUGAUUAUUAUGAUUGUACUACCUCGGAUCCAUGCACGACAGCGACGGCCACAUCUUCGUCUUCGCCUAGAAUUGCAGCGUCUCGAACGCAACAUCAAUCUACCUCAGCAACAGAUUCUGCGACGCAUACGAAAAGCAAACUAACCCAGAACGGCCACCUACCCACCGGUAGUCUGACAGGGCUCAUCGACAGCGAUAGCUGCUCAGAAUCACUCCCACCGUCGCAAUCGACCACCGAUACGCACGACUCGACGUUCACUGGACUGAGUUCGAACAACUCGAACAGCACCUUACAGGACGUCACCAUGGACGGUGAAGAAGUAGCCGCCGCCUACAGUAAAACCCUAGAAGUGCCCAAUGUAGAUUGUUGUGGCAACAGUGCCUGCGAACUAUCGCAGGGACGGGACGAAACGGAUGAUGUAAAAGUAUUAACCAACGGACAUGCCAUAAUGCCAAAGGAAGUAGAAACCCAAAUUGAACAUUUCGAUCUAAAUCAGACGUGCCACAUUGAUUUGAUGGAACUCAUCAACGGAGCUGUUGAAGAUGAACCCGAGCACGGUGAACAGAGUCCCCAGGUGCAGCUAGACGAGGUAGAGAAGAAACUUCAAGACUGUAGCGUUGAGGUAGAUGUAGAAGAAACGGAGGAAACGGAAGACACGGAAGAAAAACGUGAUUUGAAGAAAGAAGCUAUGUCCUCCGGCGAUGAGGAUGAAGAUUUUAUACGGCCGCAACGCGUUCGGCGAUGUUCAUCGCUGAAAACCGGUAAAACUCCUCCUGGUACUCCGGGUCGGAAGAAGAUUGUCCGAUUUGCGGAUGUGCUUGGCCUAGAUUUGGCUGAUGUGAAGACGUUCGUUGAUGAAGUUCCCAAAGUGCCCAAAUCAGCGUACGAAGACCUGGAGAUUACUCUCGAUCCGCAACCACUGCAGCAGAUCAGCCUAGGACCUCGGGCAGAUAGAGUAUUAUUGCCAAUGUUCCAGCAACCCGGAGCAUUGCCCUGCUUCAUGGAUAUGGUUCGUGAAAAACAGGUCAGCCUGGAAAACGCGGCAGUAACAGACCCGAUUACGUUAACCAUCACCGGCACGGUGCGGGUUAGAAACCUCGACUUCCAUAAAUCCGUUUACGUUCGAUACAGUACAGACAACUGGCGCAGCUUUUCGGACCUGCAGGCCUCGUACGUGGAGAACUCUUGCGAUGGUUUCUCCGACAAGUUUUGCUUCACCAUCUACGGGAAUUCGGUCCAGAUAGGGCAGCGCAUUGAGAUGGCAGUGCGCUUCCACUGCCGGGGUCAGCAAUUUUGGGACAGUAACUAUGACACGAACUACGUUUUCCAGUGCUUGCCGGUCUCGCAACCGAACCACAUCGGCCACGCCGCCGUCAAGCCGGCCCAUAUGGAGUCGAUCAUCAGUCCGGAUGAAGCUUGGUGUAAAAGUUUCUACUAGUAUGGCAUUGAAACCUUUCUCGAAAUCCGACCUACGCCCGCCCAUGAAAGUUUGUUUUUUUUUUUUUUUCUACGUACACAUUCUAUAACGGAGAUACUAUUUGUGUAUAGCGAACCAACGAUGAGAGCGGGUAGGAAGCUAAUCGAAAUUAGCUUCACUGCAGCGAAUAUAGUGAUCGAUCCUGUCCUUUUUUGUUUUAGCAUGUAGUAUUACCUUGUUAGUGAUCUGUUAGAGUAUCUCUAUUUAUUUCUGCUUUUUUCGUUUUAUUUCAAUCUUUUCUUUUGGUAAGCUUUUAAAUUGUGUACGACAUUCAUUUUACAAUAUACGUGUAAACGAGAAAAGCCGGUAACGCAUGAUUCAGUCCAAAAUGUUUGGUGAUAAGUAUGAAUUUAACGCUCACUUUUGACAGUAGGAGACAGCUGUAGGCGGUUCAAUACAAGCAAAAAUCAUCGUUCGCCGAAUAUUCACCAGCUGUUGUUAUUACAAACUUGUAAGUACCAAACUAUUGUUUAAGGACUGACUUACCCUGGAGACAAUUAUCAUACAUGAGCAGCAAAUAAAUCACUGUUGCUGUGAACGAAACAUAUUGCAACGUUUUUUGAGACAAUUAAAAAGUUUGAUAAAGCAUCAGCACUUUAAAGUACAGCACACUUGUUCAUCCAAAUCACAUCAUUUAAUAGGAAUAUAGGAAGUUACUGAUGAGUUUUUGCCGAGCAGUUUAAAGGUAGAUUUUUAACACUACUGCAGCAAAAAUGAACUUCAGCAUGUAUAUGAUUAAUAUGAAACUUCCUCCUAAAAGUUUGAAUGAUUCAGAUAGAGCAAAACGGAAUUGUAAAGCAAUGUAUAGUAUCAACCUUUGAAGAAACGAGUCACAAAUAUGAGAACAUAGAAUCGGUAGCUACGCCAAGGGUAACCUAGCACAGAUAGAGUGAACUGGAGAAAGGCGUUUAUGUGGUUCACUGAUCACUGAUCCACAGGAGAAAUUGCGGAAAAAAACUAAGACUAAGAGUAGUUCAAAGAAUAACACGGUAAAGCUUGAGCGGGGCAAAAUCGAUCAGCAUGAAACAAUUAACCUAAACGAAACUCGAUUUGGUGUCUUAUGAAAGAGAAAGAUAUGCAGAGUAAAAAUAUACUAGUUAAGGUUAACCAGAAACCAUGUAUAAUUAAAUGAAAAGUUUAUCCAAAGAUUUGCGAAUAAAGUACUGUUUAACAA